CCUAAACUUUCUCUUCUUUUUGACACGUUCUUUCUUCCUUUUCCCUGCGUCUGAAAAUGGCCGUAAACAAUAGCUUCUUGACCAGCUUACUUGGCCUCCUUGACGACGACAAGUUCAUGAAAGAUGUCAUGAGCAAGCCAUGCUCUGGGAUGGAACAAGUUAAUGUCAGGUUUUACUUGAAUCUCGUCGAGAAAAUCCUCAACCAAGCCAUGUCAAUUGUGGAUAAUGUUGCUAAAAAUUCUCCGCCAAAGGGUGACCAAUGUCAAAGCAAAAGCUCAACCUCACUUUCUUUAGAGACUUCUAUUCCUUUGUCAUCUACCAUCAACGAACUAUGCUAUCAGAUUACUUGCAAGGCCCGAACCAGCAACGUGUACCAAACAGUGUCAUCGCUUUCCAACAUGUUGUCAUCAUUUUCAUGGGAUGCCAAGGCAGUGCUGACACUCCUAGCUUUAUCAGUGUACUAUGCUGAGCAUUGGCGUCUCACUCAAAUUGAAGAGUCUGACGACCUUUUAAGCUUAACAGCGAAGUUGAGAGGGUCACAUGCAAUUGGUAAGUCCUCCGACACACAGCGGAUCAAGGCUUUUGUGGCGCUGAAUAAUCUAAUCAAGUUGACUUUGGAGUUCACCAAGUGUGCUGUUGAGUUUGUGAGCUACUCCAAAGAUUUUGGAGAAAUUUCAGCAUCAAUCGACAUAUCAGCCCGUUUUUAUUACAUCAUAGUCAUCAUACUUGGCUGCUCAGUUCAGUUCAGUGGCUUGAUCAGCAUGAGCAAUGAGUUCCCAGGGCAAAAUCUGUGGACCUUCUCGGACCAGGUCACGAAGAAAUAUGAAUCCUUCAAGAAAGAAGUGGAAUAUUUCAGAGAAAAGCACGCGGAGCAAAUUUCAUAUGAGAAGAUUAAGAAACUUUCCAAACACUGUACUGAUAUUGUGGAGCUUAUGGCGGCGCUGUUUUGCACCAAGAAUGAUUUUUUGACAGUUUAUCACUGUUCCAAGGGGACAACGGUAACGGUGGAGAAGUUCAGGAACAAGAUUGUGAUGCUGCUUAUUUCGGACUUGGACUUGUCAGAUGAAGAUUUGAAAACCAUUAAGAGCAUCUACAGUGAGUCUAACAUCCAAAGAAGUUACUACAAAAUUAUGUGGGUUCCGAUUGUCGAGGAACAUAACGAGGUGACACAGAAGAAGUUCCUGGAGAAGAGAUCUGGGAUGCGUUGGUACACAAGCAACUCCAUGGUCAGCAAGCCAGCAGCAAAGUUCAUCCGGAAGAAGUGGCAAUUUAGGCAGCAGACUAAGGUUGUAGUGUUGAACCAACAGGGGAAGGUGGUAAACAUGGACGCGAUGGCGAUGAUACGUCUUUGGGGACAGGAAGCCUUCCCGUUCAUGGAGUCAAAGGGCAAGGAGCUCUGGAUCAAGCAAGGGAUCAACUGGUUUAAGCUCGUGGUGAACAUGGUCUUCCCUGAUUUCGAAAAAAGCAUUGAAGGGGAGGAGCUCAUAUUCUUGUACGGCUCGGAUGAAGAUCCCCAGACAGUCCAAAAAAUUGAAAAAUAUCUGAGCGAGAUCAACGGCUAUAUUGGCUCUUACAAGGUCAUCAACAUCAGCACCAAGAGAGAGCAAUUCCUUACCCGGCUCGAGAGCUGCCUGUCCUUGAAGAUGCAGGCCAGUUCGGAUGUCUACGAUUCCCUUGCGCAGGAGCUGCUCCAGCUCUACACCAGCUACAAGCAGUUUGGUGGGUUCGCCGUCAUCGCGAGAGGGUCAAGGGUAGUCGUCAACACUCGUCUCAUGGAUUUCGAGACAGUGCUGUCGCAGCACCAGAUGUGGGUGAAAGCUGCACAGCCUUUCGAGGCCGCCUUCAAAAGGCACUACGAUGAGGUCAUCAAAAAGCCGCGCCGCCACCAUUUCUAUAUCCCCAGUGUAGCUGGCAACAUGCCGGAGAACAUCAAGUGUGCCAAGUGCUCUCGGUACAUGAAGACCGCUGUCAGCUUCGAGUGCUGCCACGGUGACGAGCCGAUGAUGCCAUCUCGCCUGACCUCUUUGCCUGGCACUCAGGGAUUUCAAGACAGUGCUGUCGCAGCACCACAGCCGGCAACAUACCCGAGUGCUGUCGCAGCACCACCAGAGCCGGCAACAAACCAGAGUGCCGUCCCUGCAUCAGAGUCGGCAACAUCCCAGAGUGCUAUCGCAGCACCACCAGAGCCGAUACUAGAGUUUGGAUCAUACGCGGAUGGAUCAAUUGUAUGAAGACUUCCGUCCCCUUCGAAUGCUACCGCGGUGACCAGCUGAUGAGGCCAUCUUGCCCGACGCCAUUGUUUGGCACUCCAGAACAAACACGCAUGUUUCCGUCGGUCGCGUUUUCAUGGGAGACGUUGCUUUUGAUUAGACACCGUGGGAGAUAUUUUCUCUUUUUUAUAAUCUUUAACAGGAUUGCAGGUGCCCUGUGCAGAACUUGAUGUACUCUGCAUGCAGACAUUGUGUGCUCCGAAUAAA